AUCAUAUGUUUUUUAGUUUUUAUUUGAUAUUUUAUGUUUGUUUUUGUUCGGGGUUCUGCAAGCAAUAUACAAGUGCAUAUAUUAUAUACGUCGUAGGGACGACACAUGUUUAGUAGCAUUGCUACUUUAUUAUAAUGAAGUUUCUUUUAAAUGCAUGGGAAAUCUAAAAGCAUGCCUUUUUUGUCCACGUUAUUUUAUAUCAUUGAGUUUUACCGUUUGAAAUUUGAAACCUUUUUCUAAUUGGAUUUGACUUUUCAAAAAAUGAGGACUUGAAUAAAAUAUAUUUAUAGUUAUUAAAAAAUUAACAAUUGAGAUUUUAACAACUUUACAACUUAUUAUUUAUACAUGUGGUAUGUAUUUUACUAUAAUUUUAGCAUUUUAUUCUUUAGUGUAUAUUCUUCACUUUAUUUUCUAUAAUGUACGGUGUUCAACAGCUAUACAACUGGAUGAGGUUGUCACAAUCUGAAUUUAAGAUAAGAUUGUUUUUUACAUGACCCAAAAAAAAAGAAGAUAUUUUGCUAUUUCUUGCCUUUACAAUUGUAUAAUAGGAAGUUUUGUUAUCUAUUGAUGGUGCCAUGCACGACUAAUUGGAUACAACAUACUAAACACAAACCAUCUUGCGUAGUUUUGUUUCUUCCUCUUUUUUUAUUAUCUUUGUAUCAUGGAGUAUAUCACAAUGUUUUUAAAAUAGUUAAAUAAUUUAGAGGUGAAAAAUGUUGAGUUUUGACAGCUAAAUUGAAAUUAGUGCAUUUUGAGUUAUAUCUUGACAAAACUAUCAACUUGUUAAAUCAAUACAAUCAUAAAUUAAAGAUGACACAGGUUAAAAAUUUAAAUUUUUAUUUUGUGACUUAUCACUAAUUUUAUAUUAAAUAUGUAUAACAGAUUUUCAUUUUCUAAUUCUCCGUUAACUAUACUCCUGAUUCUAGAAGACCAAAGGUUUCGCACAAACCUCCCAGUGAGAAAGGAUUAACAAAUAGAUAAAUUUUCAAUCGCUGCAAAUAUGAACGAAGGAGUUAUCUUAUGAUGCAAGGACGCGUUGUCGUAUCUGUUAACAAUCUUGAUAAUUCAUGUAAGAAAAUGUCAAAUUUAGUUAAUAACAUGACAAUUUAUUAUUGGACAACAAUAUAAUUUUUCUUUUUCACAUUAAAAUAUAUCAACCUCCGUUCCCAUUCAAAACUACGCUGCUGCCAACUGCCAACACGCAUUUUUUUAUUCUUUAAAAUAUAUAAGAAUACUAACUUCGUUCACAUUAAAAAAAUCCAUGCCUAACUCCACCAAACAAAGUCAGACAUGAAAAUUAUACACAGUUCAUCUGUUUCUAACAAAAUUCACCUACUUCUAUUUCAGUAUAGUUUAACAUCAAUAAGCUCAAUCCUUUUCUUUGAUAAAUAAAAUAAGAGUAAUCACAUGAGCAUAAUAUUUAUAUGCACUACUUAUAAAAAAUUCUAGCAUUAAAUUAAUUUUAGUAUGGUCUUUAUUGUCUCUUUCAUUAAUAUUUUAAUACAUCGUGAGUUUUUAAUUGACUCUGCCUAUAAGUACUAUUUCACUUAAGAAUUCCUCAUGAAACAAAUCAUUAUCAUAACUUGGCAAAGUUUAGAAUAUAAUUGAAUCUUAAUCUAACCAAGCUAAUCCAUGCUAGCACUGGUAGCUGCAUAUAUUUCUACAUAGGUGAACAAAGCCAAAACCCACCAAACUAUAAAUGGUAGGAGCAAAUGGGUGAACUACUGCAUUCAAAACAGGCCAAACUGUUCAACUUUUUUGUUGGUCAUUAUUAUUAUAUAAUGAUAUGCUAUGUCCUUAAUUAACAUACCGUUGGUUGAACUUGAAUACUGUUCUUAAAAUGGCUAGCAACUGUGUGGUAAAGGAGCGUGAAGGUGCUGAGAUAGUGUAUGGUUCUGAAGAGUGUUACAAGCAUUCCAUAGAGCUCUUAGAAGAGCUUGGUUUUCCAAAGGGUGUUCUUCCUUUGCAAGACUUGGUGGAGUGUGGAAGAGUUAGAGAAACUGGGUUUGUGUGGAUGAAACAAAAGGCCCCAUAUGAGCAUUUCUUUGAGGCAACCAACACAAGGGUAAGUUAUGCUAUAGAGGUCACUGGCUAUGUAGAGAAGUUUAAGAUGAAGAAAAUGACAGGCAUCAAGAGCAAACAAAUGCUGCUUUGGGUGCCAAUAUCUGAGAUGAGUAUUGAAGAUCCUAAGGGAAAGAAGAUUCUCUUUAAGACCCCUAUGGGAAUUGGAAAGUCCUUUCCCAUUGUGGCAUUCAUGACCAAAGAGGAACAGGAAAAGCACCUGAAGUUGUUGCAAGAGAAGGAGAUUUAAGAAAACAGUGGUUUCCAUAAUGUCCAUGAUAAUUUACGAAUUAAUGACCCCUCUGAGGUCUUGAUUAUGAAUAAUUAGCAACUAGAAUGUUUUGCUACACAUAGAUUAGUUAAUUGAUUUCGUGGUUUUAAUUUGUGAGGCUUGCAUGCGUGCAUUGGAGACUUUGUUUCAUUGGUUGAUUUGUGCAAUGCGAUAUUUACUACAUACUUGAAUGUUAUUUUGUUCCAGAAGAAUUGAUUGAUACAUUACUAAAUAAACAUCAAGUUAAUUACCAAAUGUUAGUGUUAAAUGAAGAAAGGAAAGUUUAGUAGGUUGUUGUUGGGCUUUUAUAGUGGACACUCAUGUUAGUGUAGGAAGUAUUUGCAACAGAACUGAUUUUCAAUCCAUGACAAGGUAUCUAUCUUCUACAUCUGCACAUAUCCAUGAAGGGAAAACAAUCCAGAUAACUCAAACAAAGGCCUACACCUUGCCAAGGUUACUUGUUUAUGCAAAUCAAUUUUUGGCAAUGCUACUAGUUUUAAUUAAGUCCAUACAUAGUGAAUUUUUUUUAGAUUCGGGGAUGCAU